CUGGCCGCAUCUGGCAUCACUCGAUCACCAACCAUGCUCCGCUUCAGCCUAGUGUUGCUUUUGGCGUUGGCCACCUGCGUUUUGUCCGGCAGGAUUGUCCGGGACGCCAUGCCUGAGGCCGAAGCCGCCGCUGAGGCCAAAGCCGCCCCCGACGCUUCCCCCCAGUCCACAGAAAAACCAGCCCCUGAGAAGAAGGACGCCAAGCAGCCGGCGGCGCAGUACACCAGCAAAUUCGACAACAUCAACGUGGACCAAAUUUUGAAGAGCGAGAGGCUGCUCAACAACUACCACAAGUGCCUGCUGGACCGCGGACCAUGCACCCCUGACGCUGCCGAGCUCAAGAGACUGCUUCCUGACGCCCUGGAGACAGGGUGUACCAAGUGCACCGAGAAGCAGAGAACGGGAUCGGAAAAGGUCAUCACUUACAUCAUCAAGAACAAGCCGGAGCAGUGGGAAGAGCUGCUGGACAAAUUCGACAAAGAGAGGAAGUUCAGGGAGCGAUACCAGAAGCUGGCCGAGGAAAAGGGAUUCAAGGUGUAAAAAUGAAUGGUGAGGUUUUUGCCUCUGCUUGGAAACUGUACGAUAGAAAUUCUGAAAGCACCCACCAUUUUUUUAAAAGUUUGUCUCUCUAACUAACAUGAAGUGAAAUACUGUACAUGUUCCUAAAACGCAUUUGCACUUAUUUUGAGUCUCAGCACGGCAGAUUUUUAUGUAAAAUUUUAAUUUCUUCAACAAGCUGUACUUAAUUAAUUGUAAAAUAUAAACUAAAAAAAGAAUCAAAAUGCUUAAUUGUAUAAUUAAUUGUGUGCUUUUUAUUUACGUGCCUAGUCGAAGUUUGUGUAAAAAUGUAGAACUCAAAUUCACUCCCUUUUCGGCCAAAGAAAAUUGAAGUCAUUUGAAACUGCGAUAAUGGAAUUACACUUGUUGAUAAAUUAACCGGUCUGAUGCACUCUCUCGCACACACAAUACGUGGCCACGCAUAUAUCAACUGUUCGUCAUCGCGCGUUAUAAAAUCGUCCGUCGUUUCGCACUUUCUCUCCCGUGUACAACCACUGUGAUGUAAACUCGAAUUUAAAGCAAGGAAAGGAUAGAAUAAAUGCAUUUUGUGCACAACCUUUUUUGUAUUUUCCAGAACACACCUUUGUCCACUUUUAUUAGUAUCAUUCAUUAUUUUCUUGGUCAAUGCGUUGCACGUGCAAUCUUCAAUUAAACAUAAAAAUAUCUUGGAGAAAAAGACAUUAUUUUUCCAAAAAAAUUAAAUAAAUAAAAAACAAUAAUGAAAGUUUCUUAUGAAGUUGUAAAGCAGUAA